AUGAAAGAUGCUUGUGUUACUGUUCCUUUGGCUGAGAAGAAAGUUGAUGUGAAUGCUAUUGUGUCUGUGUUAGGUGAUUACAUCACUAAACCUGUACGUCCAGACCCAAAGAUAUUCCACCUGGACAUAACUCCCGCUGUUCAACAAGGUGUUGACAAUCUGUUAUUCAAUCUACUGGUACUUGGUGGUAUAACUGACACUCAUGGCCGUGUAUGGAGGCGUUACCCAUGGGAUUUAUACAUGAUUGAAGUUACAGCGCCCUCUCAGACAGCAAAUACUGCUGAGGCUGCUGUCCCCACAGGACGACCAGAAACAAAGGUUUUUUAUGACCACCAGUUUUAUACGUUGCUGCCUACUAGAACAUGUAGAUCACCAAGGGAUACUCUAGAAUUGGAAUCAAGCAUGGAACACAGUGAAGAACUAGCAAUGACUAUCAAUGAUCCACUGAUGGAUAAUCUGGAAUUUACUAGUAAUGCAUAUCAGAGAGCAUAUCAGUACUUGAAACGACAUUCUAAAGGUGCAAACCUGGAUUACUAUGACUAUGAAGAAGGUACCAUUGAAGACAACCAUGCCACAUGUCUACCUGUAUUACUUAGACAUUGUGGUGUUCUUGAUCCAUCUUGGGCUGAGCUACGAUACUUUGUAUGGUUUCUUAAUGAACAACUCAACGAUUGUGAAAGUUCUGUAUUCUGUAAUCCAAUGCUUGUUGGUGAUGCUAGUUUGAAUGGCUUCAAGAGUUUUGUUGUCAAGUUCAUGGUUCGAAUGUCAAAGGAUUUUGCUACUCCAUCAUUACAAAUGUCAGAUGAGAGUACAGCAUGUUUACAAAUUGACAUGGAUAAUGAUGAUGAUGAUACUGAUGAUGAUAUUGCUGCCUACCAACUAAGAAGACGAUGGGAGAGCAGUCCUCAUCCAUAUAUCUUCUUCAACAAUGACCAUGUCUCAAUGACGUUUCUUGGAUUUGUUAUUGAUCAAAAUGGUUCACUGGUCGACCCAAGUAACAAUCAAAUCAUAGAGCCAAGCAUUAUGACCAGAGAGGUUAAGAGAGGUUUGGAGAUGCAGGGAGUUAAUUUGAAAGUCAGGUUUGAUGACCUUACAAGAGAUGAUAAGAUCAAUCAAUUAUGUCAAGUGAUGGGAAUUGAGUGGGCUUUUGAUCCUGAUGAAACAUAUGAACUAACAACUGAUAAUGUCAAGAAAAUAUUGGCCAUACAUAUGAGAUUCAGGAGCUGUUGCAGUGAUGGACCAAAGAAUAUGGUUUUGAUGAAAGUUCAUGGUGGAACAACAGCCAAUGACAUUUUAAAAAAAGUCAAAGAAAGUGAGAGAUUGGCUUGGCUUAAUAAAACACGACAUAAUGUUGAUACUGUACUGUUCUUUGAUGAAGCCAACACUACAGAAGCAAUUGGUCUGAUCAAGGAAGUCAUGUGUGAUCAGAGAAUGAAUGGUAAACCACUUACACAUGGAAGUAAUGCUUUGAAGAUCAUUGCAGCUUGUAACCCAUACAGAAGGCACACAAGAGAUAUGAUUGAGAGGCUUGAAAUGGCAGGAUUAGGCUACCAUAUCAGAGCUGAAAAAACUGAUGAUAGACUAGGACGUAUACCCCUCAGACAACUUGUAUACAGAGUGCAGGCCCUGCCUCCCAGUAUGCUGCCACUAGUUUGGGAUUUUGGUCAGUUGAACAGUGAAGUGGAAGAAUUAUAUGGUGUACAAGAUUGUGGUAUCUGCCUUGAAGCAAUAAAUGAACCUGUGGCAUUGCCUUGUGAUCAUGUCUUUUGUUUGAAGUGUCUGAAGGAACUUUUUAGGGUCACUGACACUAGAGCUUGUCCAACUUGCAGAAAGGAAGUAUCAAAGCAUUUUAGAUUAGAGAGUUCUGCAAAAUGCAAGGAAGUGGUAGAUGCUCACAAUGCAUUCCGUCAACGUUGCAAUGCCUUCUUCAUGGAGAUAGUCUCUAGAUAUUGUUUUGCUGACAAUGAAGCACCAGAACCUGAAGUCAUUACUAAACUAAUGAGUUAUGUAACGAGAGAAUCUGAGAAGAAAGGCAGACAAAGUAAAGGAUUUACACCAUUUACCGAGGAUUGUAUUGAUCCAAAUCCCAUUAAUGCAUACUUUCCAACAAUGCAUGAAGAUCUGUUAUUAGAAGCUAAGCAAGCGGUUAAAGAUGGUACAAAGUGGUAUGGUAAAGAUGAUCAUAAGGGAAGGAUGCCAUUCUGUGGUAACCCAGCAAGUGUAAGCCGAUGCAAAGACUGCAACGUUCCUAUUGGUGGACAAAGUUCCAAACUUGAACGAGGAAACAGACUAGCCAGACAGCAAGAUGCUACACAAACUGGUCAUAUUCUUGGUGCACCAGAAGGAAGACACAAUGAAAUGCCCAUACCUGAAAGGCAAAUGCCACCUGUAGCUACUGCUAUUGUCAGACUUCUUAUGCACGCAUCUAUGUUGGCAGGAGCCACCAAGUCACCAAAGGAUGUUUCAGCUGCAAUUCACCCUGCUAUCAAUCCUAAUGGAGUCAACCUGUUUCUAUGGCAACAUCUUCAGUGUGAUCUUCAUCUGCUGUCUAGAUCUAGUGGUAAAAGUGUUGAUGAUGCAGCUUUGACAGUACAUAUGGUGCUCCAUAGAAUACUGAAAGAAAAACCACUAGGUGGUCAACAUUUUGACAGAAAUCUGAAGUCAAAGAAGAGCAGAGCUAACUGGGAAGACAUAUUCACACGUUCCUAUAUCAGUCCAGUUGUUGAAAAUCUAGCUCGAAAAUUACAGGCAGCCAAUCAUAAAGUGCAGAAUGACAAACGGCUCGGUAACAAUCCAUUAUUGAGACUUUUAUACGAGGUAGAUCCACCUUCUGAAAAGUUGACAAUUGAGUCCUUAUACAAUGUACCUACUGUGUGGAGAUACAGAUCUAGAGUUACAAUUGAACAUCUUACACAUGCUUUACAAGAGAACACCGCUGGACGCAAGAAACAGUUCCCAAUUCUUCAAGAAUUCCUCGAUAAGGAAUAUAAAUUACGUGCAUUAAAGUACUUACCUGAUAUUGUGCAUUUACAACAACUAUUAAUAGAUGAAUAUCAUAGAAAUAUUGAUAUUCAUGAAGCAACUAACUUAAAGAUUGGUAGAUUCCUGAAUAAGUUGCCAAGAGGUCAUGUUCGUGACAAAUACACAAGACUUAUCAAGAGUUUCAGUCUAGCUUGGAAUCUUGUCAGGAAUGAAAUAGCUAACUAUGGUGUAUAUGGUGUAGGUGAAUAUGGUGUAGGUGAAUGUGGUGUAGGUGAAUAUGGUGUAGGUGAAUAUGGUGUAGGCGAAUAUUGUGUAGGCGAAUAUGGUGUAGGUGUAGGUGUAUGUGGUGUUGGUGAAUAUGGUGUAGGUGUAGAUGGUGUAGGUGAAUAUGGUGUAGGUGAAUAUGGUGUAGGUGUAUGUGGUGUAGGUGAAUAUGGUGUAGGUGAAUAUGGUGUAGGCGUAUAUGGUGUAGGCGUAUAUGGUGUAGGUGAAUGUGGUGUAGGUGAAUGUGGUGUAGGCGUAUAUGGUGUAGGCGUAUAUGGUGUAGGUGAAUAUGGUGUAGGUGAAUGUGGUGUAGGCGUAUAUGGUGUAGGCGUAUAUGGUGUAGGUGAAUAUGGUGUAGGUGAAUAUGGUGUAGGUGAAUAUGGUGUAGGUAUAUAUGGUGUAGGUGUAGAUGGUGUAGGUGAAUAUGGUGUAGGUGAAUAUGGUGUAGGUGAAUAUGGUGUAGGUGAAUAUGGUGUAGGCGUAUAUGGUGUAGGUGAAUAUGGUGUAGGUGUAUAUGGUGUAGGUGAAUAUGGUGUAGGUGAAUAUGGUGUAGGUGAAUAUGGUGUAGGUGAAUAUGGUGUAGGUGAAUAUGGUGUAGGCGUAUAUGGUGUAGGUAUAUAUGGUGUAGGUGAAUAUGGUGUAGGCGUAUAUGGUGUAGGUGAAUAUGGUGUAGGUAUAUAUGGUGUAGGUAUAUAUGGUGUAGGUGAAUAUGGAUGGUGUGGUCUGCAUGUUAGUAAAGAACUAUGCAGUCAACCAUUUCAUGAGAAUAGUAGUAUAGCUAUGAUGUUACCAACCAGGAAAGCUGAUGGAGUCUGUUCUACUGCAUUGGUAGAUUUCCUGAUUAUUACGCAGAAUGAAUUUAUUGACCAGUAUGUCAGAAUACGCAAAGUGGAUAGUAGUGAUGAUGAGAUUCUGCCAUGUGACUUGACGCCAGCACAUCUCAUUGCUUAUGAUCCAGAGAAAGAUCUCCUUCCUAUAGUGCUGUCCCAUUGUAGUUAUUCACUUCAAGUUGGACAUGGCACGCUGGUGGAAUAUAAUCUAAGUGGUCUGGAAAGGCAGCUGGAAGAGAGAUUCAUUCAUGGGAAAGCCAAGAUAAAGAGAAAGAUAGAACAGCUUGUGUUCCGUCAGGAUUCUAGAGAUGCUGCAGUAUUUGAAUCACUGCGUAAUAGGAUACAACAAGAAUCCUUGUCUAAAGCCAUUCAGCACCAGAUAGUUUCAGAAAUGAAAUCCUUGACUGAUGUAUGUGACUCUUUGGCAUGCCUGGACAUUGCUAUUGGAUUCUUAGCAUCAUCAGGUGGAAAAGCUGAUAUGUACAUCAUCAAAUACUUGGUAGAUACGUUGAAGAUGGACAAAGAGAAUAUGAAGGUGAGGCACCCCUGUCAGCUGAAGCAUAUAUUGUCACUAUGGCAAUUAUUGGCUGUAGAAAAAGCAAGGAGAUUGACGCUCAAUUCCCAGGACCCAUUCGACAUACAAGAUUUUAGGGACCAACUGAAUUUACUACAAAUACAGAAAUUACAACAAGGCCUACGACAUAUCCAUGUUGAUGCACUGGUUAAUGAAUUACAUGAUUAUAUCGUUAUUGGUUUGGAGAAACAGAAACACUUGAUGCAAGAUGAACAACAAGAUGUUGACAACUGGAAGUUGUCUGAAAUUCUACCAGUUUACAUUGAGAAUAAGGAUGGUGACCAAAUCACUGGCUUUGUUGAACAUUUCCCGGAAGACAUCCUUGUCAAACAUAUCAUGAGUACAUGGGAAGAAGUCAUCAAAUACCAAUAUAAAGAUGCUAGUAGACGUUAACAAAAUCAGUCUUAUUACAAGACAAGUUAUUAGAUUUUUUUACCAAAAGAUGUUUAUUUAUCUCAACAUCAAAUACUCAUUUUCUCUGUUCUAUUGAGCUAUUGCUUCAUUAUAUAGAAAUAGUUUUAUGCUGACCAGAUAUUGAUUUUGAUUUUAUCUUCAUGUUAAUUUCUAGAAUGAACAAGUUUCGCACUAUUUAUUCCAUUCUUUUAUACCCAGAUUGCAUGUCUUUGUUGGUAUGGCAUUAUACUAUAAUGGUGGUGUGACAUUCUGAAUAUGUAGUAUAUAUAUCGAGAGUUUGAACUUUGGAGUUUAGAGGACACCCAUUUAUAUGCCAAAUUUGAUAGCCAUGUCUAAUUAGCAUAAAUUAGCAUAAUUAUUCAUAAGCGUGAAAACACGAUUUUUCUGUUGUUUGACACUUGGAUUUGGUCAUGUGAUAAAAAGGUAGAGCUGGUUGAUAACUUGUGGGCGUCAUGAGCUAUAUUUGCCUUGGAUUAGUAGAUAACACACACUCAUGACGUCACUUGUAUAAAUCAUCUCUAUGAAAAAAUGAGGUAAUAACCACAUGGAGACAGAUGCCUGCUGGAUUUGUAGUAUUUACUGCUUUGGUGCAAUUGUUUGUUCCCCUACGUAACAUAUGUAUCAGAAUGGGGGGGGGGGGGUCAUUUAAAUAAUUUAUUCUGAUAUAUAAAACUUAAUUGACUACUUAACAUUUUGUUUAAUUAUUUGUUAAUUAUUUGUUUAUUUACAAGCUGUUCAUUUUUUGUGUAAUUUAUGAAAGAUGCAAUUAUCUAUAAUGAUAAUAGUUAUAAUUUUCUGCACAAAUA